AAACAAGCUAUUUGCUGAUUUGUAUUAGGUACCAUAGAGUGAGCCUCAAUACAGGAAGCCGAGGAUGAAGCCGAGAGGAUACUGCAGAGGUCUCUUUAGUGUAUGUGUAAGGCUUUCCUCCCAGGGAGAAUGCAGCAGUUGUAAAUAGUUGGUAACCUUUUGCAACAAAAAAUCGGGCCACUUCCACUGAGGGUACGUUAUCAUCCCGACUCCAGGAGAUCCUGUCAUCCCUCACUGCAGAUGGGUGAUUUUCCUCUUUCUCAGCACAAGACAUUUUCCCAGGUGGACAUGAAGCUUUUUCAACAUCUUUUCUAAUAUGGAUUCCUUCACUCCUACCUGUUUGAGCACUUUCCUAUGCAGAAUAAAUGGUAAUUAAAAUGUGCAGGAUGACAAGAUGGAGCAAACAGUGCUUGUACCACCAGGACCUGACAGCUUCAACUACUUCACCAGAGAAUCUCUUGCAGCUAUUGAACAACGCAUUGCAGAAGAGAAAGCUAAGAAUCCAAAACCAGACAAGAAAGAUGACGAUGAAAAUGGCCCAAAGCCAAAUAGUGACUUGGAAGCUGGAAAGUCCCUUCCAUUUAUUUAUGGAGACAUUCCACCUGGAAUGGUGUCUGAGCCCUUGGAGGACCUGGACCCAUAUUAUAUCAAUAAAAAAACUUUUAUAGUAUUGAAUAAAGGGAAGGCAAUCUUCCGAUUCAGUGCCACUUCUGCCCUGUACAUUUUAACUCCCUUCAAUCCUCUUAGGAAAAUAGCUAUUAAGAUUUUGGUACAUUCAUUAUUCAGCAUGCUAAUUAUGUGCACUAUUUUGACAAACUGCGUGUUUAUGACAAUGAGUAAUCCUCCCGACUGGACGAAGAAUGUAGAGUACACUUUCACAGGAAUAUAUACAUUUGAAUCACUUAUAAAAAUCAUUGCAAGAGGUUUCUGUUUAGAAGAUUUCACUUUUCUUCGAGAUCCAUGGAAUUGGCUUGAUUUCACUGUCAUUACAUUUGCAUAUGUGACAGAGUUUGUGGACCUGGGCAAUGUCUCAGCGUUGAGAACAUUCAGAGUUCUCCGAGCAUUGAAAACAAUUUCAGUCAUUCCAGGCUUGAAGACUAUUGUAGGGGCUCUGAUCCAGUCAGUGAAGAAACUUUCUGAUGUCAUGAUCCUGACUGUGUUUUGUCUAAGUGUAUUUGCUCUUAUUGGACUACAGUUGUUCAUGGGUAACCUGAGGAAUAAAUGUGUGCAAUGGCCUCCUGCCAAUUCCUCUUAUGAAGAACACAGUAUUGAAAAGAAUAUUACUAUGGAUUACAAUGGCACCCUUGUAAAUGAAACCAUCUUUGAGUUUGACUGGAAAUCUUACAUUGAAGAUGAAAAAUAUUUUUAUUAUCUGGAAGGAUAUAUGGAUGCACUCCUCUGUGGUAACAGCUCAGAUGCCGGCCAGUGUCCAGAAGGAUAUAUGUGUGUGAAAACUGGCCGAAAUCCUAAUUAUGGCUAUACAAGCUUUGAUACCUUCAGCUGGGCUUUCUUGUCCCUGUUUCGAUUGAUGACUCAGGACUUCUGGGAAAACCUUUACCAACUGACACUACGUGCAGCUGGCAAGACAUACAUGAUAUUUUUUGUCCUGGUCAUUUUCUUGGGCUCUUUCUAUCUUAUAAAUCUGAUUCUGGCUGUGGUUGCCAUGGCCUAUGAGGAGCAGAAUCAGGCUACCUUGGAAGAGGCAGAGCAAAAGGAGGCUGAGUUUCAACAGAUGCUGGAACAGCUUAAGAAGCAACAGGAAGCAGCUCAGGCAGCAGCAGCCACUGCCUCUGAACAUUCCAGAGAACCCAGUGCAGCAGGUGGACUCUCAGAGAGCUCGUCAGAAGCCUCAAAACUGAGUUCAAAAAGUGCAAAGGAAAGAAGGAAUAGGCGAAAGAAAAGAAAACAGAAAGAACAGUCAGGUGGAGAAGAGAAAGAUGAGGAUGAAUUCCACAAAUCUGAAUCUGAAGAGAGUAUUAGGAGGAAAGGCUUCCGGUUUUCCAUUGAAGGGAAUCGAUUGACCUAUGAGAAGAGGUACUCCUCCCCGCACCAGUCCUUGUUGAGCAUUCGUGGCUCCCUGUUUUCUCCAAGGCGCAACAGCAGAACAAGCCUUUUCAGCUUUAGAGGGCGAGCAAAGGAUGUGGGAUCUGAGAAUGAUUUUGCUGAUGAUGAACACAGCACAUUCGAGGACAAUGAAAGCAGGAGAGAUUCCCUCUUUGUCCCUCGUCGCCAUGGAGAACGACGCAACAGUAACAUAAGUCAGGCCAGUAGAUCAUCCCGGAUGCUGGCGGUGUUUCCAGUGAAUGGGAAGAUGCACAGCACUGUAGAUUGCAAUGGUGUGGUUUCCUUGGUUGGUGGACCUUCAGCUCCUACAUCGCCUGUUGGACAGCUUCUGCCAGAGGUGAUAAUAGAUAAGCCAGCUACUGAUGACAAUGGCACAACUACUGAAACAGAAAUCAAAAAGAGAAGGUCAAGUUCUUUCCAUGUUUCCAUGGAUUUUCUAGAAGAUCCUAUCCAAAGGCAAAGAGCAAUGAGUAUAGCCAGUAUAUUAACCAAUACUGUGGAAGAACUUGAAGAAUCCAGACAAAAGUGUCCACCUUGCUGGUAUAAAUUUUCCAACAUUUUCUUAAUCUGGGACUGUUCCCCACACUGGUUGAAAGUGAAACACAUUGUCAAUCUAAUUGUGAUGGAUCCAUUUGUUGAUCUGGCAAUUACCAUCUGUAUUGUCUUAAAUACUCUGUUCAUGGCCAUGGAACAUUAUCCAAUGACUCCUCAUUUCAAUAAUGUACUUUCAGUAGGAAACUUGGUCUUUACUGGGAUCUUUACAGGAGAAAUGUUUCUGAAGAUAAUUGCCAUGGACCCCUACUAUUAUUUUCAAGAGGGCUGGAAUAUAUUUGAUGGUUUUAUUGUAACUCUUAGCUUAGUAGAACUUGGAUUGGCCAAUGUGGAAGGAUUGUCCGUUCUCCGUUCUUUCAGACUGCUCCGAGUUUUCAAGUUGGCAAAAUCUUGGCCAACAUUAAAUAUGCUGAUAAAAAUCAUUGGCAACUCAGUAGGAGCUCUGGGAAACUUGACAUUGGUGUUGGCCAUUAUUGUUUUCAUUUUUGCUGUGGUUGGCAUGCAGCUCUUUGGUAAAAGCUACAAAGACUGUGUCUGCAAGAUCGCCCCUAACUGUGAACUUCCACGCUGGCACAUGCAUGACUUCUUCCAUUCCUUCCUGAUUGUGUUCCGGGUGCUGUGUGGAGAAUGGAUAGAGACCAUGUGGGAUUGUAUGGAGGUUGCUGGCCAAGCCAUGUGUCUUACUGUUUUCAUGAUGGUCAUGGUGAUUGGAAACCUUGUGGUAUUGAAUCUGUUUCUGGCCUUACUCCUGAGUUCAUUUAGUGCAGACAACCUUGCUGCUACAGAUGAUGAUAAUGAAAUGAACAAUCUCCAGAUUGCUGUGGAUCGAAUGCAUCGAGGCAUAGCUUAUGUGAAAAGGAAAAUAUAUGAAUUCAUUCAACAGGCCUUUGUCAGAAAACAGAAGGUUUUAGAUGAAAUCAAACCACUUGAUGAUCUGAAUAACAAGAAAGAUAGCUGCAUGUCCAAUCACACAACAGAAGCAGGAAAAGAUCUUGAUUAUCUGAAAGAUGCCAAUGGGACUACAAGUGGAAUAGGGACAGGCAGCAGUGUGGAAAAAUACAUAAUUGAUGAAAGUGAUUACAUGUCAUUCAUAAAUAACCCCAGCCUCACAGUAACAGUACCAAUUGCUGUUGGAGAAUCUGACUUUGAAAAUUUAAACACAGAAGACUUCAGCAGUGAAUCAGAUCUGGAAGAAAGCAAAGAAAAACUUAAUGAGAGCAGCAGUUCAUCUGAAGGCAGUACUGUAGACAUUGGGCUUCCUGAAGAGGAACAGCCUGUAGCAGAACCUGAAGAAGCCCUUGAACCUGAAGCCUGUUUCACUGAAGGUUGUGUACGAAGGUUCAAAUGCUGUCAAGUCAGUGUGGAAGAAGGUAGAGGAAAACAGUGGUGGAACCUGAGAAAAACCUGUUUCAGGAUAGUUGAACACAACUGGUUUGAGACUUUCAUUGUUUUCAUGAUUCUUCUCAGUAGUGGUGCUCUGGCAUUUGAAGACAUUUAUAUUGAACAGCGAAAGACUAUUAAAAUCAUGUUGGAAUAUGCUGAUAAAGUUUUCACUUACAUCUUCAUUCUAGAAAUGCUUCUAAAGUGGGUGGCAUAUGGUUAUCAAACUUAUUUCACUAAUGCCUGGUGUUGGUUAGACUUCUUAAUUGUUGAUGUCUCUUUGGUUAGUUUAACAGCGAAUGCCUUGGGCUACUCAGAACUUGGUGCCAUUAAAUCCCUCAGAACACUAAGAGCUCUGAGACCUCUUAGAGCCCUAUCAAGAUUUGAGGGAAUGAGGGUGGUUGUGAAUGCCCUCUUAGGAGCCAUUCCCUCCAUCAUGAAUGUGCUUCUGGUUUGUCUUAUAUUCUGGCUAAUUUUCAGCAUCAUGGGAGUAAAUCUGUUUGCUGGCAAGUUCUACCACUGUGUUAAUACCACAACUGGUGAUAUGUUUGACAUCUCACAAGUCUAUAAUCGUUCUCAGUGUUUCGAACUUAUAGAAAGAAAUGAGACUGCCCGGUGGAAAAAUGUUAAAGUAAACUUUGAUAAUGUAGGAUUCGGAUAUCUCUCUUUACUUCAAGUAGCUACAUUUAAAGGAUGGAUGGAUAUUAUGUAUGCAGCUAUUGACUCAAGAAAUGUGGAACUACAACCCAAAUAUGAAGACAACCUUUACAUGUAUCUUUACUUUGUUAUUUUCAUCAUCUUUGGGUCAUUCUUCACCUUGAAUCUGUUCAUUGGUGUCAUCAUUGAUAAUUUCAAUCAGCAAAAAAAGAAGUUUGGAGGCCAAGAUAUCUUCAUGACAGAGGAACAGAAAAAAUACUACAAUGCAAUGAAAAAAUUGGGGUCCAAGAAACCACAAAAACCAAUACCACGUCCAGGGAACAAAUUCCAGGGAAUGGUUUUUGAUUUUGUAACCAGACAAGUCUUUGAUAUCAGUAUCAUGAUUCUCAUCUGCCUCAAUAUGGUCACCAUGAUGGUGGAGACUGAUGAUCAGAGUGAAGAAAUGACUAGCAUUCUAUCCCGGAUUAAUUUGGUGUUCAUUGUCCUCUUCACUGGAGAAUGUGUGCUGAAGAUGAUCUCCCUUCGCCAUUACUACUUCACCAUAGGAUGGAACAUAUUUGAUUUUGUGGUAGUUAUUCUCUCCAUUGUAGGUAUGUUUCUGGCAGAGCUGAUAGAAAAAUAUUUCGUGUCCCCUACCCUGUUUCGAGUGAUCCGUCUCGCCAGGAUUGGACGAAUCCUCCGUCUUAUCAAAGGAGCAAAGGGAAUCAGAACACUUCUCUUUGCUUUGAUGAUGUCCCUCCCUGCUCUGUUUAACAUUGGCCUCCUACUCUUCCUGGUUAUGUUUAUUUAUGCUAUUUUUGGAAUGUCUAAUUUUGCCUAUGUCAAGAGGGAAGUUGGAAUUGAUGAUAUGUUCAACUUUGAAACCUUUGGCAACAGCAUGAUCUGUCUCUUCCAAAUUACCACAUCUGCUGGUUGGGAUGGUUUGCUUGCACCCAUUCUUAACAGCGGACCACCAGAUUGUGAUCCUCAAAAAGUACACCCUGGAAGUUCAGUCAAAGGAGAUUGUGGCAACCCCUCAGUUGGGAUUUUCUUUUUUGUCAGUUAUAUUAUUAUCUCAUUUCUGGUAGUUGUAAAUAUGUACAUUGCUGUUAUUCUAGAAAAUUUCAGUGUUGCUACUGAAGAAAGUGCUGAGCCCCUGAGUGAAGAUGACUUUGAGAUGUUCUAUGAGGUUUGGGAGAAGUUUGAUCCUGAUGCCACUCAAUUCAUGGAAUUUGAAAAACUUUCUCAAUUUGCAGCAGCUCUGGAUCCACCUCUCAAUUUACCACAGCCAAACAAAAUUCAGCUUAUUGCCAUGGAUCUGCCCAUGGUGAGUGGGGAUCGAAUUCACUGCCUUGACAUCCUAUUUGCUUUUACAAAGCGUGUUUUGGGAGAGAGUGGAGAGAUGGAUGCUCUCAGAAUACAGAUGGAAGAGAGAUUCAUGGCAUCUAAUCCUUCCAAAGCCUCUUAUGAGCCAAUUACCACAACACUAAAAAGAAAACAAGAGGAAGUAUCUGCUGUUAUCAUUCAACGGGCUUACAGACGUCAUCUUUUAAAGCGAACGGUAAAACAAGCCUCAUUUACUUAUAACAAAAAUAAACUCAAAGGUGGGGCAAACCUUCUGGUUAAAGACGACAUUCUUAUUGAAAACUCUAUCACAGAAAAAACAGAUCUGACCAUGUCCACAGCGGCUUGUCCACCUUCCUAUGAUCGAGUAACAAAGCCAAUCCUAGAGAAACAUGAAAGAGAAGACAAAGAUGACAAGGCCAAGGGAAAGUGAACAAAUGCAAAUAAAAAAUGAUUAUGUGACAAAUUGUUUACAGCCUAGGAAGGUGGUGUAUUUUUGUCAACAGGACUCCAUUAGGAGGUUCAUGCCAAACUGACUGUUUUUACAAAAAUAUACUCUUAAGGUCAGUGCCUAUAAUAAGACAGUGACCCCUCGUCAGCAAACUGUGACUCUGCUUAAAGGGGAGACCACCUUGACAAGAGGUUACUGUUCUCACUACCAGCUGACACUGCUGAAGAGAAAAGACACAUGGCUACUCAGACUGUAGGGACCAGUUUAAAAGGGGGUGCAAACCUAAAAUUUUGGGUGGGGGUAACAUAAAAUACUUUAGUAUAGUAAUCGUAUUCACUGUUUGCAUCUCAACUGCCACAUUUGUCAUAUUUUUACAAAAUCUGUUAGUGGAUUCAUCUUUUUUUUAAUUCAUAUGUUGUUUAUUAUAUGUGACUGUUAUAUGUGACUAUUUUUGUAAAUGGGGUUUAUGUUGGGAAACGGGGUUAAGAACUACUUUACAGGUAUGACCUCUGAGGGUUUUACCAUAUGGCUCCUCCAAUAUAUACAAAGAAAUGGUUUGCAUGAAGGCAUGCUGCACUUAAAGAUCAUGCAUGAGAAAAAGUUACAAGGAAACCAAUGGAUUUUUCAAUUACUUCAGUGUUUUGGGAGGGGAUUUGGAAAAUAAACGGGAGGUACUUAUCUGAUUGUGUUUAGAUUAAAGUCAGAUAAGUCUUUUAUACCCAGAAAGCCUCCCCCAACCCCACCCAAGAACAUAAUAAGUGGAUUGUUUUAGGCUGGCCAUUACAUCUCAGUAGGUGCAAACUUCAUACAAACGUCUGAAGUCACAAAUGUUACGUUUUUCUUUAUUAUGUAAAACAGAACACUGAAUAACUUAAUGAGGCUGCCCCUAAAAAACAGAAAUGACCAAAAUAACCCUUUAUAAAGUUCUGCUUAAUCCUGUACUUUGUUUAGCCAUCUUCAGCUCUCAACAAGAUUGACAUCCAUGUUACAAAAUGCCCUGUAUUAUGUAAAUAGACAUUUUAUUCUGUGGUGCAUGUUUGAGCAAACAAAUAAUGACCAGAGCACAGUAUUUAUUGCAUCAAAUAUGUACCACAAGAAGUGUAGAGUGCAAGCUUUCAAAAGGUUAUAUAAUAUAAUCUGUACCAUUAGAGAUAGUUUGGAUGCUAUCAGUGCAUGUUUAUAUUGCCUAUGCUGCUGUAUCCUGCUCUUUCCACUGUUGAGAACCUCCUAUGGGAAAACAUAUAUCAGUGGUAAAGUCAUGGAACUCAAGUUCAACAGAGCUCAUUCCUUUAAGUCAUUAAGCAAUAGUUUGCAGCACUUUAAGAGCUUUGGGGUUUGUAUUUUUAAAUUUUAAGUAAAUAACUUACGGUGUAUAGCCAAACUGUACAGACAUGAUACAAACUGCUUAACCUGUUUAAAAAAAAAAAUGUGUUUAGAAUUUUAUAACCAAAUAUAAAUACUGUAAAAAAAAAAAAAAAAAACAUUUUAUUUUAUUUUUCAGCAUUAUGUACAUAAAACAAAAAAAUGAAAAUUAACUUCAGGUUGAUGUCACAGUCACUUUUCUUACUUUCUGUCCAUAGCAUUUUCUCAUGAAAGAUAUUUGUUAAAUGGGAAAUGAAAAAGAAUGGGUAGUUGUAGAUUUCUGCUUUUUCAAAUCACAUUUGCCAAUGUCAAAUGAUUUAAAUUUAAAAAGAAAACAGUGGAUUCACAAGUUGCUUCCAAAUUAUACUUUGAGAUUAGAAAAAGGUGUGCAUUUUUGUUAAAAAUCCCUGGUACUGCCUGCAUCAACAAUUUAAGAUGGUCAUUCCCUUUUGUUCUAAUCAUUAACCUUCCAUUCUUUUUAUUCCUUUGGAGUCAUGCAGCAAUAGAACUGUUUGAAAUAUAAUAUGGGUUCCACCAUAUUUUCUUUUUCACAAGAACCAAAUAGUGAACUUGUAUGAUCAGUCACAUCAGAACAUUUUGUAUUUCUUAAACAAACUGUAGACUCCUUCCCACCACCCCACCACCCCUUUAAAACUGCUUAAAUAAACUGUAUUCGUGAACUGCAUGCAGGAAAAUGCUACUAUUACCCUAAAUGAUGCUAAGCAACAUUACCAAUGCGCCAAAAUAAUAAAGAUUACUUUUUUAUUGUA